ACAUUACAUCUGUGCACAGUCCCAUAGGACUGCCUUGGAUGAGACUUGUACAAGCAGCUGCCAAUAGCAAGGAGCAGAACUUGGAAGCUUACUUAGAAAACAGUCAGUUGUAUUAUCGCUCUACCAGGAAAAUCAACAAAAAUGAGGAGCUGCUGGUCUGGUAUGAUGAGGAGCUUUCCAGCCUCUUGGGUUUCAAUGAGAUAAAAGCUCAGAGUCCUCAGAAUGAAUUGAGAUGCCAAGAGUGCGACCGAGUCUUUAAAUGUGAGCAUUCCUAUCUAUCCCAUGUCCGCUUCCUAUGUGUCCCAGAGAAGAGCGCCCUGCUAUGGAGAAACUUACAGAACCCUAAGUCUGAAAAGAGCAACUUAGCUGAGCAGACCACGAAUUUCCACAGCCUAGCAAGGGAUCUAGAGGUCAAAAUGUCAGCUUGUAAAGAUGAUGCCCAUGGUAUCACAGGAGAAAGGAGAGCAAAACCUGAAGAGGCUGAGAACAACAGGAGCAGGAAAACAGUGUUAUUGGAGAAAACCAAUAAUCUGAGUGAGGAACACAGCUGUGGGGGCAAGGAAGAGGUUGGGGGAGAGCAUGCAUUGGCUGGUUCUUUCUGGAAGCUUAGUUCAGGGAGGCAGUCAGCUAGGAAGGAUGCUUUAGAGCAGAAGCAGAGCGCUUUCACUGAGGUCAGGAGGAUGAAGGAGAAGCUGAGGAAUGAGAGACCGAAGGAGCCAGAACAGGAGGACGGUGCUGUCCCACUUGGUAAAGAGCAGGUGUCAAAGUUGCUGAACUCCUCUGGUAGUGCAUUCUCUUUUGUGUGGCCCAGCAGUGCCCGAGGAGAACAGAAGAGUGCUUUCAGCAAACCCAGUAAGUGUCUAACAGAAAGAGCUGCAAUAAAUUCUUCUCAUCCCAUGAGUGAGUCACCAAAGACCCUGGGGGAGCUGUCUGGCUUCAUUGCGACCACAGACAUCAUGUGCUGCAGCACUCUUCUCAAUUCCAAGUUCUUUGUCAGUGAUUUGUGUAAUGCUCAGAUGCUGCAGACAAGCAUCACUCGGAGCAGUGUUUUCCCAUGUACCUCAGAACCGUGGCCCAAACAAGCAGGAGGACAGUUACAAAACACAACCACCACUUCUUCUUCCUCCUCCUCCUCUUCCUUGACUCUUCUACCCCCUACUUUCACAUCCUUUGGGGUGGCUGCCCAGAACUGGUGUGCCAAAUGCAACCUGUCCUUUCGCAUGACGUCCGAUUUAGUCUUCCACAUGCGGUCACAUCACAAAAAAGAAUACUCCUCAACUGAAUCCCAGUGUAAGAGGAGACGAGAGGAGAAGCUAACAUGUCCCAUUUGUCAUGAGUACUUCCGAGAACGCCAUCACUUAUCCCGACACAUGACUUCUCAUAAUUAGAGCUGUGCAGACAGAUCUCAGCAAAGGACUGGACAGGUUGGGUAAAGAAGGGGAAGAUACUUCACUUGUAUCCAUUUGUUUUUGGGUUUACAUUGAUUUCUUACAGGAAAUCACUGUUUACAAUAAUUUGUAAUAGAUGCUUUGCAAAAAAAAUAUAAAAUGUUUACAAGAGUUUGAGUGGGUUGUAAGUUUUGAAAACUCAACCUAGCCCUUGUCAAUCUAUUUUUGAGGAAAUAAAAUAGUGA